UUCACUUCUGAUCUUGUUAACUUUCACGACUAGAAAUAUACAUACUGAUCUCUAUAGUUCUCCACCAGCUCUCCACUAAAAGAGACUUAAGGAGACUGCAGGUUACUGCAGAUGACAGGAAAGAACGAAAGAAUGUUUGUACUAUAGGGUGGUAUCGGCUACUCCGUACGCGUGCCGUAAACUUCAUCCAACCCUGAAGACCACAAUUCUGGAAGCGACGGAUGAUAUCUAUCGGGCGUAGUAACGGUCGAUUUCGAUUUCCUUGGAAUGAGGGUAACUGAACGCACAUAUAUAACUCUUUGAUCCUUCCCAGCGUUAGAACCCAUCUACAACCCACCAGCUCUGUCGCCAAAAAAGGUCGUGCGGUUCUGUGCAUCCUGUAAAGAUGGCAGUCGAGAUCACCAUAGAUAAUUCGCUUGGAGCCCUUUUCAUUGGCCUUAUUAUUGCCUCUGUCUUAAAUGGCGUCACUUUUUCGCAAACGUGGUUCUACUUCAGUGCUCAGACUCGCGACCGUUCUGACCCAAUAUGGCUCAAAUUGACGGUCAUGACUGUUGUAUUCCUCGACCUCAUGCACCAGUUGUUCACCAGUCAAUGGAUUUACUAUUACUGUGUCACCAAUUUUUCCAAUGCGGCUGCUCUCAAUACCAUACCUUGGAGCUACUAUGGAAUGGCCAUGCCAAUGGGUCUCAAUACUAUCAUAGUCCAGACCUUCUACGUUUGGCGAGUAUGGAAAUUGAGCAAGCACCUUAUUCUUCCAGGAAUACUGUGGUCGGUCUGCCUAACUCAAUUUGGUUUACUACUUUACUAUGUGUACCGAGUGUCUGGUCUUACGUCGGCCGCGGAAUUCUCCACUGUAAUGGGGCCCUAUGCGAUCGCUACGAAUGGAACCGGGACUGCUGCAGACAUCUUUAUUGCUGCUGCGAUGGUCCAUCUUUUACAACAAGCCCGAACCUCUAUCAAAAGGACGAACAAUGUGCUUCGUGCUGUCACGAUCUUUAGUGUGACAACUGGUAUUGUCACUGGCGUUUGCGCUAUUUUCGUGCUUUCAAUGGCCAGUGCCUAUCCUGGUACGAACAUUGAGGUCACAUUCUAUUUUAUCCUGGCGCGGCUCUAUGCCAACUCUUUUUUGGCAACGCUGAAUGUUCGAGAUCACAUGCGCGACCGCAGUCAUAGCGGGGGUGUUAUCACAACGUCUGACUUCCAAGUUCACCCUCGCACCAACAACAGUGCAAUGCAGCUGACAAAUGCCUCGCAUGAGCUGGAUAAUUUCCCUCGCCAAAAAACGCAGAUAGAUGAUAACAGUCACGGAGAGCUUGAGACUGUCAUUUCUGUGAAAGUCGAUCGAAUCACAGACAGGAAUUAUCAGUGAUUUUGUAGUAUAUAGUGGAGCUAGUAAGAGAGUGCAGAUUUUUGAAUGUUACA